UCGAGUUGUAAACAUCAGAAGAAAAAUCAUUAAGUCGUUCGCAUAGCACGGACAAUUAGCUGAAAACAUUGAUUCCUGAAACUCGUAGAGGUUUAGACAUAGAUCCAGAACAAUAGUUCUAGAGAAAAUACGUGAUUCCUGAUUGUCAAGUGAAACAAAGAAAUUGUUAUCAAUACAGCAGUAUAGAGUAGUCGUUCCGUAGCGGUUAAAGUUGAAUUUCGCCGCAGACAGACGACUCUGGUAAACAUUCGCUGCUGAUAGACGAAGUUGCGUGGUUCAGUAUUAAGUCGUUGAGUACAAAGGAUAUUGCAUUAAGAGUACCGAUCAACAGAUUUAUUAUUGGGAUCCAAAAGGAUUUGUAGAAAAAAAUAUCUUAAGGCAGACAAACAUUUUGUUUUUAAAUCAUCGCAAGUAAAAGAAAAAUGCAGUCUUUGUCUGAAAAAUUGGACAACAUGUCGUUCAAACCGAGGAACUUGAAUACCGACACCAAUCAUUUAGAUGUUACUGGAACGACGGACAUUCAUUCCGGACACAUGUCACUGGUUCAAAAGGUAGGAAAGAAAUUCAGACAAAGUCCCGUAUUUGUGAAAGUGAUCCGAAGCUGUUUCGAACAUUAUGCUGUCAUUAGCAAAGACCAGCUGUUCAAAACUCACAGCACCUUCUUAAAUUUGAAAAACUGUGUGGUCACCGCCGUGGAAGACACCACAACGCAUAUUCGAGUCAUGCAAAACAACUUCGAGGGCAACUUUAUCACCCUUGCUGCUAAAGACGAGGAAUCUAGAAAGGAAUGGCUGAAUAUUAUGAGAUCUGUUUCCGCGCCGAGCUCACCCUGCAAGAUACCAAUAUCUCCAACCCUAUCCCCGAUGAUUCCCCGAUCGCCUAUCAUGCAGACCUUAACAGAAACAGACGAGGAUGACGAAGAAGAAGACGAUUGAAUAUUUCGAUUGACAAUUUGGUGUGAUGGAACUGAAAUUUCUGCUCGGUGUCAGUCUAAAGUCGUCGCCAUGACUUUUUACCACGUGUAAAGAUUGUUCGUGGAGGAGUUGUUGAUAUUUUGAAAAAUGGAGACAUUCCUUUUGGCUGUUAGGCCAAGCGGUGAUGUACAAACUAUAUGCCUUAUAUGGACGUGACUAUAUCUUUAGCUGUUUGUGUGGAGACGAAUCCUAAACAAAAGAUUAAACUAUGAAGCUUAAGCUUACCUUAAAGGUGUCAAUUCAAUUUUUAUAUUAUGGUUAAACAUAUCUCCCAAAAAUGUGCCUUCUAAUAGGGAGACAAUAUUUCAAAUAUGUUAUAUGUAAUUAUUAUUUAUAGUGUUGUGAUGUGAACUGAUGCAUUCAUCAACUCGGCCAUUGGAAAAAUGGUAUGGGAGGAAAACUCACUUUAUGCCUUUAUGCACAUAUCACAAUCUUCGUCCUUUUCCGGAUAUUCCCGGAAUGAGGACCGAUAUUCACACCCGGUGGUUUAACCCAGAAAAGUUAUCAGAUUGGCUGAACGGUUAAUUGUCUAUUCUAAGUAAACGCAUCAAACCUAUAGGAAAUCUGACUCUUGAUAAAUCAGAUGUUCGUAUGGUUGUAUGUCUGGUAGGCCCUAGUCUUGACUUAAUGUCGGGUUUAACGCCCUUCUCCAAUCCGAGUCGAAACGGAAUGGUCUUUACGUGGUGUUAUUAUGCACACUUUGUGGUUGGGUGCAUUUAGAGACGGAUUAGUAUGACUAUGGAGACACGUUGGUACGAAAACCACGAAAUUCUUGUGAGGAAAUACGUAUUUUAAUCAUAUUCUUGCCCGUCAAAGAUAAGAUAAACAUAUCAUGUAUAGGCUGACAUAUCAAAGUAUUUUUACUAAUAACUCAUUGUUGAAAAUCGAGUUUUCAUUUUUUUUUGCAUUCCUGUUGCUCUUGGUUGUAUUUGUUAUUUUAAUCCAUUGCAUUGAAAUUUCCAUGUUUGUUCAAGUUUUUUUUUAAAGUUUUUUGUUUGAAACAUUUGUUAUUGUUGUUAAGUGUUUUAUA